AAGUGUAGUAGUGUGGUUUGCUCGCGAACUAACGAACGAACGAACUUAAUUAUCUCGUAACAAUAGGAACGACAAAACAUAAACAGAUAUAAACGUGUUAAACAUUGCAAAUGAACGACAUACUACUUUGUUUAAUGCUAUCACUAUCGGAUAAUAUAAUUAGUUUAGCAUUAAUCGAUAUUUUCCUACUUUAAUAAUGAAUAUAAAAAAUUAAAUAAGAAAAAUAUAAUAAUAUCAAAAUAAUAUAUUGUCUAUAAUUAUGAACGCAAUAAAAACCGAUGGAGGUUAGAUAUGUUAUCAAAGGAUUUUUUAUACAGCCAAUCAUCUUUCUGUUACUCAUCUUCAAUCCACAACUCAAUCUUAACUGCUUCGUUGAAUGUUCCGACAAUGACAGCACUGGAACGAACCAAACGAAACUUCGGCAGCAGAAGAGGAACGCCAUGAACACCUCGACACCGCAGCAACAGCAGCAACCACCGAUACAAUUUCAAUUCGACUACGGCUUCGAAUACAACGUCGACGACGACCAAAGCGUUCCUGAUUUUUAUCACUACCCAUACAAUCCGGACGAGAAACUAGAUAAACAACAACAACAACACAUAAAUCCCGAAUCAAACAUUCCCGAGAUGAGAGAAGUAAGAGAGAACACAAAAUCAAAAAAGUCAAUGUGUUAUAUGUGUAGUUACAUGCAUUCUAAAAAUCCGGACCAUAUCCUAGGCAGCAAGGAGUGUGACGAUCCGUUUGAAGAGUCGGACUGGGACGAAUUGUUGCUCGUUCCAUGUUCAGGACAGUGCUACAAGCACUUCUCCAAAGGACCAACGACAACAACAGCAGCAGACGGAUCGUACAGAAUGAUCAGAGGUUGUUCAAAGAAAUGUAACGAGAAGGUCGAAGAUCCGAACGACCUUACUUUAUGUUGCAACUCCGACAGAUGCAACACUGCAUCGCAAUUAACAACGUUCACAUUUUUUCGUUUUGUUUUAGUCAUUUUUGUCAUACUUCUUCCGUCAUUUUGAAACAUUUUUAGAACUUAUAGCUAGGAUAUUUAAAUUGUAAUUAAUCGUUACCUGAUUCUUAUUCUAUGUAUAUAUAUGAUUGAUAUUGAUAUGUGCCUUUUACUAAUCACUGAGAUUUCACAAUUUAAAAUUUAUUUUAUCGAAAUAAUGCACCAAAGCUGAAGAAAAUCUUUUCCCACAAUAUAAAUGGCAACUUUCACUAUUUAACUUCAUUAUUAUUCAUAAUAAUUGGAUGAAAAUAAAAAUGGAUUAAUAGUUUUAGAAAAAAUUAUUAUGAUACUUCAUUAAUCACGAUAAAAACAAACUUAAUUAUAUUUUCUGUAUUAGGACAAAAAAAUUGAAAU